UGUGGUUUUACUUCCGGUCUCUGUCCUGUCCUCAAAUAUAGAAGAAGGAAACACAAAGAGCCGCUUUAGUUGACACAAGAAGAGAAACUAAAAGCUUAAGGUGAGUCUGGUGUCUGUUGGACGGCUUCAGACUGUCAUGGCUGAGCGAAAGAGGAAGCAAUUGUCACGCAACGAAAAGGAAAAAGCAAAAAGCAAAGGCGGAAGUGACAAAUGUAAACAACACGUGACCACGGAGACGCGGGAGAGUCGCUAUUUCACCUGCGAUCAAACUCACCUGCAGCCUCACCUGGGGGAACUCUUCUUCAGGCAGCCUUGCGUCACUUUGGCCAAAGCUUUUCUCGGCAAGGUGCUGGUCCGCAGGCUUGAUGACGGCACAGAGCUGAGAGGACGGGUGGUAGAGACGGAGGCGUACCUGGGAGGCGAGGACAAGGCAUCGCACUCGGCGGGGGGCAAACGCACCGGGAGAAACACGGCCAUGUUCAUGAAGCCCGGCACUAUCUACGUUUAUCCCAUCUACGGCGUCUACCUGUGCAUGAACGUGUCGAGCGAAGGCGAUGGAGCCGCCGUGCUGCUGCGCUCCUUGGAGCCCCUGCAGGGCCACGCAAUCAUGAGGCAGCUGAGGGCGUCCAAACGCAAAGACAAGGCCCGGCCGCUGAAGGACAAAGAGUUGUGCAACGGGCCCUCCAAGCUGUGCCAGGCUCUUGACGUCCAACGCCGCUUCGACCGUCAGGACAUGGCGUCCGACUCGGAAGUGUGGCUGGAAGACACGGACUCCACCACAGAAGUUCAUGAGAUGGUGUCGGCGCCACGUAUCGGCAUCCAGUCACACGGGGAGUGGGCCGAGAAGCCGCUGAGGUUUUAUCUCCGUGGCAACACUUGCGUUAGUGUGGUGAAUAAGGAGGCGGAGAGACUUUGCCAGACCUGAAUGAGUCCGUGUGGACACUAGUCAGCAAUUAACAGUCAUUAAUAACCUCGGGGGUCUCUUAUUAGCAAUAUUGGCAUUAACAGCCGUGGCUGUAGGAAACCUCCUGAUCGUGCUAGUUUUUCAAAGUGGUGGUCAGCAUGCAGCAGCUUUAUCCACGUCAGCUAAAAUAAAAUCUAACUCCUCAGCAGUAAUAAUGACCUUUGCUCCUGCCAGCCAAUGACAAACAACCUUGAGACACCUCUUUUCCUUCACACUUUCUCAUGCACUUCAAAACAUCCUUCAAGUCAAAUAAGAAUAAAAGACGGUGGGAGUUUUGCUCCAAAAAUAUUCAUUUACAAAUAAAAUCCAUCCAUCCUACCGCUUGUUUCUUUUGGGGUCGCUGGAGCCUAUCCCACGGAACUAAUCUACUAAUUCAUUCAAACAUUCCAAACCAAAUGUGUUUAUUCUGCUAUAAUGCUAAGUUACUUAUUUGGUUAAAGCAAUUAUCUUCUUUUCCACGUGUAACACCAAAAAAAUACAAAUUCAUACUCCAUUUCGGACAUGAUGUAGAGAUGUAUAAUAUAUGUCAAUUGUAUAAUGUAUGUCAAUUGUAUAGUAUAUGUCAAUUGUAUAAUGUAUGUCAAUUGUAUAAUAUAUGUCAAUUGUAUAAUAUAUGUCAAUUGUAUAAUGUAUGUCAAUUGUAUAAUAUAUGUCAAUUGUAUAAUGUAUGUC